GUUUACUAAUUUAGUCCUUACCCCUACGUGCAAAGGCAUUACUCGAACCCACUUACCUUCCUCGUUGCAGCCGGCAUGAACGUGGCCAUGAACCUCGCGCAGGGCCUGCCCAGGCACUGUCUGAAGGCGGUGGGAACUCGAAGCGCGCGCUUGAGCCGAGGCCUGUGCACGCGCGUGUCGGCCUCCGCCAGCGCCGGCGAGCAGUUUGACUUCGACCUGUUCACCAUCGGUGCCGGCAGCGGCGGCGUGCGCGGCUCGCGCUUCGCCUCGUCCUAUGGCGCCAAGGUGGCUGUGUGCGAACUGCCCUUUGACUACAUCAGCUCCGACACCAAGGGCGGCGUGGGCGGCACGUGUGUGCUGCGCGGCUGUGUGCCCAAGAAGCUGAUGGUGUACGCGUCCGAGUAUGCCGAGGAGUUCAAGGCCUCGCAGGGCUUCGGCUGGACGCUGCCGCCUGGCGCCGCCACGCACAGCUGGACCGCCUUCAUUGAGGCCAAGCGCAAGGAGCUGCAGCGCCUGAAUGGUGCGUACAAGAACACGCUGAAGAACGCCAAGGUGGAGCUGGUGGAGGGGCGCGGCCGCGUGGUGGACGCACACACUGUGGAGGUUGACGGCAAGCGCUACCGGGCCAAGAACAUCCUCAUCGCGGUGGGCGGCAAGCCACACAAGCUGGACAUCCCGGGCGCCGAGCUGUGUAUCACCAGUGACGAGGCGCUGGAGCUGCCCGCCUGCCCGCAGAAGGUUGCUGUGCUGGGCGGUGGCUACAUCGCUGUGGAGUUCGCGGGCAUCUUCUCGCGCUUCGGAGCCGAGGUGCACACCGUGUACCGCCAGCCCCUGCCCCUGCGCGGGUUCGACGAAGAGGUCCGCAAGUUCGCGGCGGAGCAGUACGCGGCUGCGGGGCUGCACCUGCACGCCGGCUGCAACCCGGUGUCGGUGAGCAAGCAGCCCAACGGCAAGCUGAGCCUGGUGGUGAAGGGGCCGGACGGCGCCACCUCAACACUCACCGACCUGGACCAAGUCAUGAUGGCCACGGGCCGUGUGCCCAAGACCUCGGGUCUUGGGCUGGAGGAGGCGGGCGUCAAGAUGGGCAGCAAGGGUCAGGUGCUGGUGGACGAGUACUGCCGCACCAACGUGCCGUCCAUCUGGGCCGUGGGUGACGUCAUCGACCGCAUCCAGCUCACGCCGGUGGCCCUAAUGGAGGGCAUGGCUGUGGCCAAGUCGGUGGCGCACAACACGCCCACCGUGCCCGACUACUUCGCAGUGCCCUCCGCCGUGUUCUCAAACCCCGAGAUUGCUACCGUGGGCUACAGCGAGGAGCAGGCUGCUGAGAAGUACGGCGACGUGGACAUCUACACCACCAGCUUCAAGCCCAUGCGCAACACCAUCAGCGGUAGCCCCAUCCGCACCUUCAUGAAGAUUGUGGUGGACGCCGCCAGUCAGAAGGUCGUGGGCAUGCACAUGGUUGGCGCGGAGGCGGCGGAGAUCAUGCAGGGCUUCGCUGUGGCCGUCAAGGUGGGCGCCACCAAGCAGCAGCUGGACUCGGUGGUGGGCAUCCACCCCAGCGCCGCCGAGGAGUUCGUGACCAUGCGCACGGUGAGCCGCCAGGUCCGCAAGCCCGCCUAGAGGCCGGCGCGCCGCUAGGCCUGCAACAGCGGAGGCCUGCAGCAGCGGAGGCCCGCCGUGCCAUUGGUGCCCGGUGCAGCAGCCGCGGCAGCUCCGGCAGUAGCAGCAGCAGCCGCAGCAGCGGCUGUAGCAGCAGUGGCGCAAGGGCCUGCGCACAACAGCUCCUGAGCAUGGCGGGCCCCUGUGCUGUCCAGAGCCGGGCCGCUGAGUCUGCAACAGGGAAAAGCUCGAGUCCAUUUUGCUCCGAGGAUGGGCUUUGUCCUGUGUGUUUGUUUUUUCCUUUCGAGGGAGAGCCACCUUUCUUGUCCUGUGUGUGUCCAGAUCGUGACGCGCCCGGCUAGGAAGGCGUGUAUAGAAUGACGUCGCCAUGCUCUGUAUGGCGGCGGGAUGCAGUGCGUGUCAAGAAUUCGGACUUUUUGUGGUGUUGCGUCAAGAGUGUGCAUGUUGCUCGGAGGUAUGAAUAUAUGGAGGAGGUGAAAAGGUCCGUCGGUGUCCAUAGGCGUCCAUGCGAUUUGCAUGUGGCAUGCUAUCAUGCCGGUUUGUGGUCCCUGGUUGUCGCCUUGGCGGGCUGACUGGCUCUGUCAGCUGCGCACGGAUGCAGGCGCGCUGUGGGAUGGAGGGGCUGGGCUCUUGGCAGUUGGCGGCACGGGGGCACCCCACGGAGGCACCCCACCCUUGGGUUGUAAAUCAGAUUGGUU